AUGAAUUCUUGCUCGACGAAAUGGCUCCACAUAACUUUUUACGCGGAAAGUGUCGGAUUUCUUCUCUCGAUUGCUGCAAACUGUGUCCUGUUGAUUGCAAUUUCUGAUAAAUCAAGGAAGACAUUUGGGAACUACAAAUACCUGAUGAUGGCGUUCUCCGUACUUGGGAUGUUCUACUCCACUUGCAAUUUCAUCAGCAAACCGAACGUGCAUAUAACAGAAAAUUCAUUCAUUGUGUUUACCGUUUUGAGAUACUCAAAGUUAAACAAAUUCCUUGGUUCGAUUGCAGUUGGAAUAUACAGUUCGUGUUAUGCAAUGAUGCUCUCUCUCCUCUCCAUUCAUUUCUUCUAUCGGUACACUUCUGUCACUGCACCUCUAUACUUGGCUUCCCGCUUCUCUUCCAAAUCCUUCAUAUUCUGGACUUUAUUUGUUGUCGUGUACUCUGGUAUCUUUGGAUGUUCGAGUUACUUUUUAUGCGGGCCAACAGAGAGCAAAGAUAGAGAAAUGGAAAUAGAAUUUCAAAAUUCCUAUUGCUUGAAGCCUGAAGAGUAUGCUUAUCUUGGCCCACAAUAUUAUUAUAAAAACGUGGAAAAUGGAGAAAGAUUAUUUCACGCUCCGUCUUUUAUUGGUAUUGGAAUCCAGACGUUUCUGAUGAGUUCUACUUUUAUUUUCGUUAUCUUCUUCGGAUGCCGCACGUACAGUGUCUUGAAGGAAAAUGGAUUGACUUGUUAUGCAUCGAAAGAACUUCAGAAACAACUAUUCAAGACUCUGAUUAUCCAAACUAUCAUCCCUACAAUAUUCAUGUAUUUGCCUGGGUCAAUUAUGUUUUAUCUACCAAUGUUUGGUGUAAAAAUUGAGACGAUGGCCAAUUCAAUUCCAGUUUUUGUGGCUAUUUAUCCGUGUCUUGAACCUCUCGUAGCAAUUAUGUGCAUCAAGUCUUUGAAGUUGAGAAGUUCGAACAAGAUGUGCUGCUCCCGAAACCGUCGUAGGAAAGUCGGCGUCCUUGUGGCAAGUACAAGCAAUUCAGUAGUCUUCUCAAUGCAAGAAUUCACUGUUCCCUCUUGA